UGCCCUUGCUCUGGAGGAACCAGCAAGGUGCAGAGUGGCAGAGCACUUGGAUUCUUAAAUAAGCAGUGGCCAUCACCAUGGACACAAGCCUGGACCCAUCCUUCUUCCCCGGCAAUCACUGGCUGUACUUCUCCGUGUACCUCUUCACCUUCUUGGUGGGACUCCCACUCAACCUGGUGGCUCUGGUGAUCUUCGCCCGCAAGCUGCAGCGCCGCCCAGUGGCCGUGGACCUGAUCUUGCUGAACCUGACCCUCUCGGACUUGCUCCUGCUGCUCUUCCUGCCCUUCCGCAUGGUGGAGGCGGCCAGCGGCAUGCACUGGCGGCUGCCCUUCAUUUUCUGCCCCUUAACCAAAUUCCUCUUCUUCACCACCAUCUAUCUCACGUCCCUCUUCCUGACAGCUGUGAGCAUCGAGCGCUACUUGAGCGUGGCCUACCCGCUGUGGUACAAGGCCCGGCCAAGGCUCCGACAGGCUGGCCUGGUCAGUGGGGCCUGCUGGCUCCUGGCCACUGGGCACUGCAGUGUGGUCUUUAUCACCGAAUUCUCAGGAAACUCUUCCCACAACACCUGCUACCUGGAAUUCCAGGAGGAGCAGCUGGCCAUUCUCCUGCCUGUCCGGCUGGAGAUGGCUGUGGUCCUUUUUGGAAUUCCCCUGCUCAUCACCAGCUACUGCUACAGCCGCCUGGUGUGCAUACUCAGGAGGGGAGCCAGCCACCGGCGGAAGAGGGUGGCAGGGCUAGUGGCAGCCACGAUGCUUAACUUCCUCAUCUGCUUUGGGCCCUACAAUAUUUCUCAUGUUGUGGGCUACCUCCAGGGUAAAAGCCCAGUGUGGAGAAAUUACGUGCUACUCCUCAGCACCUUGAAUUCUUGUGUUGAUCCCUUGGUUUACUACUUCUCAUCAUCUGGGUUCCAGGCUGACUUUCAGAGGCUGCUGCAAAGGCUGCCUGGGGUCUGGGGCUUCUGGAGGCAGGAGAGCUGCUUGAAACUGAAGAAGAAUGAAGAGGAGCAACCUCAGGAGCUGUCCAAUGUAGAGAACAGGUAGUGGACUCUAGGAGGGCUGUGGAGCGGGUGGCAAGUGGCCUGAACUGAAAGACAUCUCAUUCACAGGGCAGUUCCUAGCUCAAGUCAGGCGGGACCUGGGAGUGGCAGG